GCGGGCCUUGGCCUCCAUUAGCCGUUCGGUUAAGUCAGGCUCAGGAAAGCAGCCGGUGCGAGCAGCGGUUGGUGGCGGGAGUCUGUCAGCGCGCGCGUGCAACGAAAUCCGGUCCCUGGGGCGGACGCGGCGGCUUGCCGCCCGUUCUUCAUUAUAUUGCCAAGUGCUCCCCAUCGGCGACGGUCAUUUAGUUCGGCAGCGCGAACUUUGUGGCGUUAAACUCCCCCCUCCCUUUUCAAGAGACUCCCAAUUUCCUUUAGUCUUCGUUUCGUCCACACUGCAAAUCUUCUAUGGAUCUCGACGACUCCUUUUCCCCGCUCAAGGCAGUGGAUGAGAAUCCCAAAGUGAACAAAAUCAAGAAUGGGGAUCCUAAAAAGAGGUUGUCUGUUGAAAGAAUCUAUCAGAAGAAAACCCAGCUGGAGCAUAUAUUGCUUCGCCCAGAUACAUACAUUGGCUCUGUGGAACAAGUGAACCAGCAAAUGUGGGUAUUUGAUGAAGAUGUUGGACUGAAUUGCCGGGAAGUCACAUUUGUACCUGGCCUGUAUAAAAUCUUUGAUGAAAUCCUAGUCAAUGCUGCUGAUAACAAGCAGAGAGAUAAGAGCAUGUCUUGUAUCAAAGUUACAAUUGACCCGGAGAAUAACACAAUCUCUGUGUGGAACAAUGGAAAAGGAAUUCCUGUUGUAGAACACAAAGUAGAGAAAGUCUAUGUGCCUGCUCUUAUUUUUGGGCAGCUUUUGACCUCCAGCAACUAUGAUGAUGAUGAGAAGAAAGUAACAGGUGGCAGAAAUGGCUAUGGAGCAAAGUUGUGCAACAUCUUUAGUACUAAAUUUACAGUGGAAACAGCAUGCAGAGAAUUUGAGAAACACUUUAAACAGACUUGGACUGAUAAUAUGAGUAAGGCAGGAGAGAUGAAACUGCAGUACUUUGAUGGUGAGGACUUUACAUGCAUCACUUUCCAGCCUGAUUUGUCAAAAUUUAAAAUGACCACACUGGACAAAGACAUUGUGGCUCUAAUGGCUCGCAGAGCCUAUGAUAUUGCAGGAUCAGCUAAAGAUGUCAAAGUCUUCUUGAAUGGAAAGAGACUGCCUGUCAAAGGAUUCCGGAGCUAUGUAGAUCUGUACCUAAAGGACAAGCUGGAUGAAACUGGGAAUCCAUUGAAGGUUAUUCAUGAAGAAGUGAAUAACCGGUGGGAGGUGUGUCUAACAAUGAGUGAAAAGGGCUUCCAGCAAGUUAGCUUUGUCAAUAGCAUUGCUACAACUAAGGGUGGCAGACAUGUAGACUAUGUUGCUGACCAGAUUGUCAACAAGCUCAUAGAUAUUGUAAAGAAAAAGAACAAAGGUGGAGUUGGAGUGAAGCCUUUCCAGGUGAAGAAUCACAUGUGGGUAUUUGUAAACUGCUUGAUUGAAAAUCCAACUUUUGACUCCCAAACAAAGGAGAAUAUGACUCUUCAAACAAAGGCCUUUGGCUCUACCUGCAAGUUGAGUGAAAAGUUUAUCAAAGGGGCAGUUGGUUGUGGCAUAGUGGAAAGUAUUCUGAAUUGGGUGAGGUUUAAAGCACAGAAUCAACUGAACAAGAAAUGUUCUGCUGUAAAACAUACUAGAAUUAAAGGAGUACCAAAACUGGAUGAUGCCAAUGAUGCUGGAAGCAAGAAUUCUAUCAACUGUACCCUCAUUUUGACAGAAGGAGAUUCAGCUAAGACACUAGCUGUUUCUGGCCUUGGAGUUGUGGGCAGGGACAAAUACGGGGUGUUUCCUCUACGUGGAAAGAUGCUUAAUGUACGGGAAGCCUCCCAUAAGCAGAUCAUGGAGAAUGCUGAAAUUAACAAUAUAAUUAAGAUUGUGGGGCUGCAAUAUAAAAAGAGCUAUGAUGAUGAAGAAGCACUCAAGACCCUACGUUAUGGAAAAAUAAUGAUCAUGACAGAUCAGGAUCAAGAUGGCUCCCACAUCAAAGGCUUGUUGAUUAACUUCAUACACCAUAACUGGCCAUCUCUCCUGAGACACAAUUUCCUGGAAGAGUUCAUUACUCCCAUCAUAAAGGUUUCCAAGAAUAAAGAAGAGAUUUCUUUCUACAGUAUUCCUGAAUUUGAAGAAUGGAAAGCCAGCAAUCCUAACUACAAAAGCUGGAAAAUCAAGUACUACAAAGGUCUAGGUACAAGCACAUCAAAGGAAGCAAAAGAGUACUUUGCAGAGAUGGCAAGACACCGAAUACCUUUCAAGUACUCUGGCCCUCAAGAUGAUGCUGCAAUAACUCUGGCCUUUAGCAAAAAAAUGGUUGAUGACCGAAAGGAAUGGCUGACAAAUUUCAUGGAAAAUAGAAGGCAGCGGAAGUUGCAUGGCCUUCCAGAGCAUUACUUGUAUGGGAAAACUACAAGUUAUUUGACCUACAAUGAUUUCAUCCAUAAAGAACUUGUUCUCUUCUCAAACUCUGACAAUGAACGAUCCAUCCCAUCACUGGUUGAUGGACUGAAACCGGGUCAGAGGAAAGUUCUGUUCACCUGUUUCAAAAGAAAUGACAAGCGAGAUGUGAAGGUUGCCCAGUUGGCUGGGUCAGUGGCUGAGAUGUCCUCUUAUCACCAUGGAGAGACCUCGCUGAUGAUGACUAUUAUCAAUUUGGCUCAAAAUUUUGUGGGUAGCAACAACCUUAAUCUGCUUCAGCCUAUUGGUCAGUUUGGCACCAGACUCCAUGGUGGGAAAGACUCCGCCAGCCCUCGAUACAUUUUUACAAUGCUCAGUCCUUUGGCAAGGUUGCUUUUCCCAGCAGUCGAUGACAAUGUGCUGAAAUUUCUGUUUGAUGACAACCAACGAGUAGAACCAGAAUGGUACAUCCCAAUUAUUCCUAUGGUGCUGAUCAACGGUGCUGAGGGCAUUGGAACUGGCUGGUCAAGCAAGGUUCCCAAUUAUGAUAUCCGAGAAGUGGUGAAUAACAUACGGCGCAUGCUGGAUGGAGAUGAACCAUUACCCAUGAUUCCUAGUUAUAAGAAUUUCAAGGGGACGAUAGAUGCGCUGGGACAAAACCAGUACCUUGUCAAUGGGGAGGUGUCUAUAAUUGAUUCAACCACCAUUGAAAUUUCUGAGCUUCCUGUUCGGACAUGGACACAGGUUUAUAAAGAACAGGUGCUAGAGCCUAUGCUGAAUGGUACAGAAAAGACUCCCCCUCUGAUAACAGACUAUAAAGAAUACCACACAGAUACUACAGUCAAAUUCAUAGUAAAGAUGAGUGAACAAAAGCUUGUGGAAGCAGAGGCUGCGGGUCUACACAAGGUCUUCAAAAUACAGACUUCCCUUUCCUGCAACAAUAUGGUACUCUUUGAUCAUGUCGGUUGCCUGAAGAAAUAUGAAAGUACAGAGGAGAUUCUGCGGGAAUUCUUUGAACUCAGGCUGCGCUACUAUGCCUUAAGAAAAGACUGGCUUACUGGGGUAUUGGAAGCAGAGUCUGCAAAACUAAACAACCAGGCACGCUUCAUCCUAGAAAAAAUAGAAGGCAUAAUAGUGAUUGAGAACAAGCCCAAGAAAGAAUUGAUACAGAUCCUUAUCCAGAGGGGUUAUGAUUCUGAUCCAGUAAAGAAAUGGAAGGAGUCCCAACAGAAGAGCAAUAAUGAAGACAUAAAUCAAGAGGAGGACAGUGAUAAGGAAAAUGAAUCUGCUGCAGUCAGUGGGCCAGAUUUUAACUACCUUCUGAACAUGCCUCUUUGGUAUCUAACAAAGGAAAAAAAGGAUGAACUAUGCAAGCAACGGGAUGACAAAGUAUCUGAACUAAAAAACCUGAAAAAGAAGAAACCUGAAGAUUUGUGGAAAGAAGAUCUUGCAGUCUUUGUUGAGACUCUUGAAGAUGUAGAAGAAAAAGAAAGGCAGGAUGAACUAUUGGCACCCACUGGCAAAGCUGGCAAAGGGAAAGGGGGAAAACCAAAAGUAAAGAAGCUACAGGAAAUCAUGCCCUCUCCACAUGGCAGACGGGUCAUACCCCGAGUGACAGAAGAGAUGAAAGUCGAAGCAGAGAAGAAAUUAAAAAGAAAGAUCAAGACUGAAAAAACUGAACUUAAUGAGAAUCAAGAAAAAGAUUCACCAGGGUGUGAUAAGGAACCAAAGAGUCUUAAAGAAAGAUUGGCAAAGAAACUGAAAGUGGAGCCAGCAGACAGCAAGAAACAAACUUUGUUGCCAUUCAAGCCAGUAAAAAAAACAAUGAAAAAAUCUUCUUGGUCUGACUCUGAAUCAGAAGAUGAUGAUGAAGUUGAUGAUGAUAUAGAGGUUGAACCUCGCACACAUCUUCCACGUCGGCAAGUAACAGCAAAAGCCAAUUAUGUGCUGGAUUCUGAUUCCAAUUCAGACGGUAGUGUGCUUCACUGUGCUCAGAAUGAAAUGGAUGAGGACGCUGUAUCUGAUGGAGGUGUCGAGGUCCCAGCUGCAAAGCCAAAGGCUGUUUCUGAGAAAGCCAAGGGACAGAAAAGAAAAGAAUUCAAACCUCCAGAGGUACAGGCUACUGUCUCAGCUCCCGCUGAAGACUGUGAUGAAGCCAAACCAGCUGCAGCUAUUGAUGUCCCAGUUAAGCCUGCUCCUAAAAAGAGAGCUCCCACCAAAAAAACAAGCACAGCUAAAGGCAAUCAGCCUUCUAUUAUGGAUGCCUUUUCUAAGAAAAAGACCGAUGAAAAGCCCAGCAAGAGUUCUCACUCCAGUGCAGAUGGGGCAGCCUCCAAAAAGCCUGUACCUGCCAAGAAAAGGAAGCCUGCUAAAAGAAAGCCUUCCUCCUCCUCCUCCUCUGAUUCUUUGGACUCUGAUUCUGACUUUGGCCAAUCAGUGGAAAAACCAGCAGCGCUUAAGAAAUCCAAGAAGUUAGAUGACUUGUUUUCCUUCGAAAGGAACUCCCCUGAACCCCGUGAAAGGGUGGGUCAAGCCAGGAAGCCAGUCCAGUACCUGGAGGAGUCAGAGGAUGAACUAUUUUAACUUGAAAACAAUGUUCUUUUGCAUCUCAGUCCAUCUUAUCAAAAAUACAUUGUGACCACUUUAGAAGGCAAAUGAUUUCCAACUGCUUUCAGUAACCCUUUUUAUCAUUGUUUGUCUGUCCCUGUAAAUAUUUUUUUCUGUAUGUUUGUUGACACUGCUCCAACUGCUACUUUUAGAUUUCUUAAUAAAUGUUCUUUUUAC